CUCUGCCUGCUGGUCCAGCUCUCCCAGCCUCCCUGCCCACAGGGAUUCUUCCCAGCUUUCCUUCCUGCCUCAUUUCCUGACCCAUCACAGCAGGGCUGGUCCUUCUGCCACGCUGCCCUUGAAGUGCUCAAGCUCUCAGCCUCGAGCUGCUGUGAGGAGUUUGACUUGCUGUCGCUGGGGAAUUCAACUCUCUAACGCUGGAAUUUCAGUAUUAGAAAGUGGCGUUUCUUUAUUUCAGCCCCAGGCAUGUGGGGUAUAACUCCCUAUUACACACAGCACACCUGGCUGACCGACCUGCUUUAAUCUAUGUGGCUUUUACAUGUCCAGUACAUUUCCCCAAACUAUAUGCUAAACAUCCCCUGUAUUCUCUGCAUGUUUAAAUCACUUCUCAGAGUUUAUUUUCAUUGGAGUGGGGUUCUUUUGAGAAUCCUGGCUAGUCGUUUGGGGAACAUCCCAUUUCUCCAACUAUUCUUUUUUGGUCACAGACCUCCAAAAAUGUUUCUUCUCUUUGAAUACUCCCCAUUGCUGUGGUCAGACCAGGUUAUUAGUUCCUACCAGCAUAGCUCAGACUCACAGUCUUUACAGAUGAGAUAACCGCAUGCAUACAGGACAAAGCCCUGGCCAGGAAACAGAAAGGAAUUUCCAAGAGGUAAUUCAACACGAAUUGUUACAACUUUAUUAUCAGCACGGGGACAGACGCAGCCCCUGCACACGUGGCUCCCAGAUGCAGGAAGCUGGAGAGAAGGGAGGGAAGACCCUCCCAGGUGAAGGGGAGGAGGCAGCAGCCAUUAGCCCAUGGGGUAGUUUGCUCCUUAUCAGUAGUGCCCGCGCUUUGCUUUGUUUCCGUCCCUGUCAGCCGUGCCCGGAGCCGGAGGCACGGCCCAGGCAAAGGCCAUGGCCGGGCUGAAGGAAGAGCUGACCUGUCCCAUCUGCCUGGACAUCUACAAGGAGCCCACGAGCGCGGGCUGCAGCCACAGCUUCUGCAAGGACUGCAUCAAGCAGGCGCUGCGGGGCCAGCAGAGCCCUGCCCGGUGCCCGCUCUGCCACUCGCUCGUCGGGGAGCUGCGGGCCAACUUCCACCUCCGCAACAUCGUGCAGAGGUUCCUGGAUGAUCCCGCGCACCGAGAGGAGGAAAAGCAGGAAGCGCAAGGCCAGGAGAAGGGGGAAAGCUCGGGCCAGGCCGGGGAGGUGGUGCUGUGUGACUCCUGCCUCCAGGAGCCGCAGCCCGCAGUGAAGACGUGCCUGAGCUGCGAAGCCUCGCUGUGCCAGGCGCACCUGAGCAGGCACAACAGCCGGCACGGGCAGAAGAGCCACGUGCUGGUGGAGCCCUGCGAUGGGCAGCUUUUGGCUGAGAGGAGAUGCCCCCAGCACGGCAAACUGCUGGAGUGCUUCUGCGAGAGUGACUCGGAGUGCAUCUGCGUCCUGUGCUCCGUCAUCUCGCACAAGAACCACAAGAUCAUCAGCUUGGAGGAGGCUUUCAGCGAAGCGCAGGUAUCUUUUCCUGGAAUUCUGAAAACACUGAAGAACCAUGAAGCUGCCAUGGAUAAAGUCAUAACAAAAUUGCUGAAACAAAUGGAGGGACUAAAGAGUGAUGAGAGCCAGCGGAGGGAACGGCUGGAGAGCCUGUUCAAGGAGAUGCAUAAGGAGCUAGAGAAGAAAAAAAGGGAGGUCCUGAAAGUUCUCAGUGACUAUGAGGAGGAACAACUUUCUAAGAUUCAGACAGAGUUGAAUAAUCACAAGAGGAUGAAGGAUUCGGCCAGCCAGGAUGUUCAGAAGCUGCAGGCUCUGAGGAAUCAGAAGGACACACUUCUUUUCACCAAGGCUUUUUCAGCGAUCAGAGGCAGGAAAUGCCAGCCGCUUCCUAAAAGGGAAGUUGUGCCAAAGCCACCCAUUACUUUGGAUAAAUCAACCAAAGAUGGUAUUCUGAGACUUUUCCAGCAAUUCAUCUCAAACAUGGAGGUCUCCUUUAAGCUCUCAUCACAUUGGGGAUAUGAAGGAACAUCUACUGGUCGAAGAUAUUAAUGGUAGAAGAAACACUGUCUUUUCAUGAUGUGUCUGUCAAGGCUGGACAUCUUGCUAAGAACUUCAGGCUUACAGAGACUGGAACCAUCUCUUUCAAAUGUCCCAUCCAUGAUUCCAUCAGAGUGAUGAAGCUCCUGUUAGUAAUGUGAUUACAAGGUGUUUUGUUUGUUCAGGCCUAGAAAUUGUGCGCCUUGCACGGAGGCUAUGCCAAGCUGGAUUGUGGGCUGCUAUGAGGGGGUGUAUCACAGCACCCCACCUCUUCCUGCAAGAGCUCCUCUUAUUUAUUCUGUUAAUCAUAAUGGAAAUACCGUUAAGUUGGGCAUUUUUGCUCGGCUGUUUUAAAUACUGUGUUUGGUUCUUGUUAAUAAAGUCAUGUUAUUAGUUUGUUAAA